GGUACUUACGGUCAGACUCUCAAUCUGACGCAGUGCAUCCUUCAGCGCGCAGCAUCCGACAACGGCCUGGACCGAGGACACCGCGUACCGUAGAGAUGUAGCCAUGAAUCAUCCACAUUAUAUCAGCUAAACGAAGGACCGUUGACAUUUAUUGUUUAUUCCACGGCUGUUAUCCGGAUCGCAGCGCGCCCAACCCGCAAAAUGUCUGAGAUCACUGAAAUACGCGCGGCGUACGAUAUGUCCCCAGUGCUGGCGGGGUUUAUCGGUGCCGGUGUGUUGGUCGUUGCAGUCAUUGCAUUAAUCUUUGUGUGGACUUGCUGUCAGAAACAUUACAACAGGACAAACUACAAGCUCCAUGGAAUCCAAUCAGAACAAAGUGAUCCUCUCACAGACCCACCGUACAGGUUUAUUCACAUGCUGAAAGGAAUGAGCAUCUACCCUGACACGCUUACCAGCAGCAAGAGGAUCAUACGAGUAGCACGCCAGGCCAGAUCCCAGACCACCGAUGGGGCUCAAAGCAACAAGGGUCGCCCAGUGGUGCUGGUAGAUAUGGAUGUGGCAGCAGAAAGCGGCCUGCUGGGAGAGAAACAAAUGCAGACGAGGCUCGGGGAAAGUGGCCAUGAGGUUCCCAAGCUGGAGAGGGAACUUCCUGUGCAUGCAGAUUAUUGCUGUCUGGACAGCAGCUCUGCCAGCAGCAGUCAGACCUCCAGUACUACGGUUUCCAGCACAGCUACACCCUUCACCCCCGCAGAAGAGCCCAGCCGAGGAGAUCUCAGCAUCGCAAUCGAUUAUAACUUCCCUAAGAAGGCCUUGGUGGUCACCAUCCUGGAGGCUCGGGGGUUACCGGCCGUAGAAGGCAAUGCGGGCAGUGCCGACCCCUAUGUGAAGAUGACCAUUCUCCCCGAGAAGAAACAUCGCGUUAAGACUCGGGUCCUGAGGAAGACUCUGGAACCUGCGUUUGAUGAGACCUUCACAUUUUAUGGCGUGCCGUACAGCUCCCUGUCGGAUCUCACUCUGCACUUUCUGGUGCUGAGCUUUGACCGGUUCUCACGAGACGAUGUGAUCGGGGAGGCGAUGGUUCCGCUGGCAGGUGUGGAUCCGAGUACAGGCCGGGUCCAUAUUACGCAACAGAUCACAAAGAGAAGUAUGCAGUGUGUGAGCCAUGGAGAGCUGCUGGUCUCUCUUUCCUAUCAGCCUGUUUCUCACAGACUGAGUGUGGUGGUGUUAAAAGCAAAACACCUUCCAAAAUUGGACAUCACUGGCCUAUCUGGAAAUCCGUAUGUGAAGUUGAAUGUGUUCUACGGCCACAAGCGCAUUGCCAAGAAGAAAACUCAUGUGAAGAAAUGCACGCUCAAUCCAGUCUUUAACGAAUCCUUUAUCUAUGACGUGCCGGCCGAGUUGCUGCCAGACAUCUCUAUUGAGUUCCUGGUCAUGGACUUUGACCGCACUACUAAAAACCAGGCCUUGGGACGCCUGGUUCUUGGCGCAAACAGCCCCUGCCCCUCGGGAGCCGCCCACUGGCAGGAGGUCUGCCAAAACCCACGGCGCCAAAUCUCAAAGUGGCACACGCUCAAUGAAUAUUAGAGCUUCACCACAAUCUCUCUCCGCACACACGCUCAAACACAGGCACACAGGAAACAUUUAAUAACGAGAGAGAGAGAGUUCUGGGAAAAGAUGCCUUUUGUUACCAUCUCUACAUGGAAGGUAACUAAUUAUCAGGAGGACUUGUGAAAAAAAAAAAAAGAAAGACUUAAGCCAACUUUUACGUCACUGCUAAUGCGAUGAUGGGCCUCGGAAAUGAAUCUUUUUAAAGUACACAUUUACUUUCUCACUCAGUACACAUACACACCGCCUGAACACAAACAUACAUGAGAAAUAAUAAACGAGACCAAAAUAACAAAAAAACAUAUUGACUGUUAGGAAUUUAUGAGGUUUGGGAUUCUGUAACUGUCCUAAUAAAACUUAACGCAUGUCUUGACGCUCCAUAUUUCACUCCAGAACAGGACAUUGUGUGGAUUUGUGAUGCUGGUACACAUUAAGCAGGCUAUUUUUUGAGGCAUCUGAUUUCCGGAAGUUUUUGAAAAGAGUUGUGAUGAGCGUCUUCUGAUAUGUACUGAUUCUCCACUGUAUGAGAAAUGCACUGAAGUGAUACAGAGGUUGUAUGAUCUACGCUGAAGUAUAAAUUGUUCUGUUAUGCUUUGGCUGGAGAUGUUUAGGAGAUUCCUGCUGUCACAUUCUCCACAGCUACUUGUUGAGUCAUGUGAUUGUACAACAAUAACCCUAUUGGCAGCACUCUGGGCCUGAUUUAUUGCUUGUGCAAUGAUUUCAUCAUGUACUUUGAAUAAAUCUGGCCCUGAACAACUUAAUCUGCACUGCUAUGCUACAAACUCACUCUGAAUGUCACUGUCUGUAUGAAUUACAUACAUCAGAGCUUCACUUCACAUAAAACAGUGGCUCACUGUUUCGUAGAUUGUACUAGCCAAUGUCAUCAGAUUGCCUUUUUAAAGUGGAUUGGAUUCACUUUCAUUUUAAAUCCUGUGUGAUAUAGAGAUAGACAAAGAGGUGGGUUCGUAGUUUGGAGCUGGGAAGCUCUGGUAUAUUACUGGGUCGUUCUGAGCCCUCUGGUGUGAUGUUUGGGAAAUGGAAGGAUGUGUAGCUUUUUAUCAUUUGUAGUUCAUAAAGUCAAGGGGAAGAUGUUCAUGUAAUUCUAUCAAUAACAGUCUGUUCUUCUAGCAUACCUCCAUCUCAGUUUCACUUUUUUGUCUUAUACCACUUUGUCACAUCUCUCUUUUAUGAUGAGAACCUGUAAAGUCAUGGUUUGCCAGUGUGCCUGCCGAUAGCCUGGGCCUUUAUCUCGGAUUGGUGCUCCUCACUGUUAAUUUACCAAGUUUGAGGUCUGAAUCUGGCAUAGAGUGUACUGUGUUUCAUAUGGCGUUAGAAUUAAGAUUGGGAACCAAAAAAAUACUGGAAACAAAUGACGUUUAUCUCUAUUAACGAUUCUCGCAUGUGCAAUUUUUGCUAACAUUGUAUUAAAAAAUUCUGACAGUUUCCUGUUUUAUAAAUUUCCUACACAAUUUAUUCAGCAGUGACAUAACACUGCUACUGAAUUUACAGCGUGAAACAUAUAGUGAGCCCAGUGUACUCCAAUUACAGAAUAAAUGGCUCAUGAUUCAGUCCUUGUAUUGAAUCAAAACCAUACAGUGUGACCAGUGUAGUAUGAUUCUCAAACAAAUAAUGAGUCCGAUCUUUUUAAUGAAUCAAAAAUAUACAGCACAAUUUAGUGCGACUCCCAAAAACGACUCUAAUUGGGCAGUUUUUACUGAAUAAAAAUCAUUUAGCACAACCAGUAUACUAGGAUUCCUGAACAAAUGAAUCUAAUGAGUCGGUUCUUUUUAAUGUAUCGAAUACACAACACAACUACAGCACACACUCUUAAAAAUAAUGGUUCUUUAUUGGCAUUGAUGGUUCCA